AUGUCGAACCCUACAACUCUGUCUCCACCAACCGCCUCAGAGCGGAAAGAGGCAAUAGUUGAAGAGUCUAAAGAGUUACACAAUACAAUCAACAAUGCAUUAAAAUCGCAGAGUGGAGGAGCUCCAGUACACGUGUUCGAUCCAGAUAUGCCUGCACAGGAAAAGAAGGACGAGAUGCUGAGGAACGCCAACAUGCCAGAUAUUACUGAGCCAUUAAGACAUGUAUCAACUGCAGAAAAAAAGAAAGCAGACAAAACAACAAAGGCAGCAUCAGCGUCUGGAGCUUACGCUAACGAACCAGUGUUGAUCAAUGGAUUGCCUGAUUGGUAUAAAGUUGGUUGGACGGGCUUCUCUGACCUUCCCAAUCCUGGCGAUGGAGCUGCUAUGGCAAAGUUCGCGCAACAUCAUUCGGAGAACGAUAUCAAACAGCUAUAUAAUGAUCGUUCACGCUCUUCCAAUGGUGAAUACUCCAAAGAUUUGAUAGCUCAAUUUGUUAGCGAGAAAUUUUUCGGAGAAUGGUAUCAUAAUUGUGCAGUGGUGCUCAUUGCCAUAUUCUUCACCUGGCUUUUAAGCAAAUUUAGAUUUGGCUUAAUGUCAUGCUUGAUUGUGGGAGCAUUUUUUGCAACCUAUUAUCGUACCUCUAUCAAGCGAACUAGACGUAAUAUGCGAGAUGAUAUUCAACGUGAGGUUACCACCAAUCGCUUAGACACCGAUAUUGAGACAGUUGGCUGGAUGAAUCACUUUUUAGACCGUUUCUGGCUCAUUUUUGAGCCAGUAUUAUCAGCACAAGUUAUUGGACAGGUUGAUGCUAUUUUGAGUGAAAAUACACCAUCAUUUUUGGACUCGAUUCGUUUAAGCACUUUCACUUUGGGCACCAAAGCACCCAGCAUUGAUGGAGUCAAAGUCUAUCCUAGCUCGGCACCAGAUACAGUUGUAAUGGAUUGGAAGAUUUCAUUCAUUCCCAAUGAUAUUCUUGACUUAACAGCUCGUGAAGCACAACAAAAGGUGAAUCCCAAAAUUAUCUUGACAAUUCGUCUUGGAUCUGGAAAAAUUGGAGCAGGCAUACCUAUUUUGUUAGAGGACAUUGCCUUCAGUGGCCAUAUUAGAGUGAAGCUCAAGCUAUUCAGUGAAAUGCCCCACAUUAAAACAAUCGAGUUCUGCUUCUUAGAAAAACCUCACUUUGACUAUGUUCUCAAACCUGUAGGUGGUGAGACUUUCGGUUUUGACAUUAACAAUAUUCCUGGUUUAGAAACAUUCGUCAAAGAUCAAGUGCACAGUAAUUUGAGUCCAAUGAUGUACGCUCCUAAUGUCUUCACUAUAGAUGUUGCUGCACUUCUGGAGGGCGCAAAUGAUUUGGAGACUGCCAAUGGUGUACUUGCAGUUACUGUAUACUCUGCAAAUAACUUGAAGCCUAGUGAUAUCUUUGGUACUUUAGAUCCUUACUGUACCUUCCAUGUGGGCAAUGUGCAUGCAACAGAGCUCGCUCGAACUGCAGCUAUUCAAAACACCUCUCAUCCAAAAUGGAAUGAAACAUGCUUUGUUCUACUGAACAACCUUAAUGAUAUACUUUGCGUCAAAGUUAUGGAUGAGAAUUCAGGAAGUGAUUCGGAAAUUGGUGUAGCCAACUUGGAUUUGAAGGAUGUAAAAGAAAAUAACAACGCUAUAGAGGGCUUAAAUCUACCAGUGCGUCGCAGUGGUAAACCUGUAGGGGAAAUUAAGGCCGAUGUACGCUAUUUCCCUGUUUCUAAGCCUGAAAAGAAGGAUGACGGAACUAUUAUACCUCCUGUUGAUUCCAACAGUGGUGUUGUACGCUUUUAUAUACAGGAUUGUAAGGAAAUUGGCCAAGAAGUUAGUAAAAAAGGCAUUCCUCUGGUUGGGAAACUUCCUGGUUUGGGUUCUGACGGUAGUAGUAAUAUCAAUGCAUACGCAAUACUGAAAGUAAACGGACAGGAAAAGUUACGUACAGCGCCUUUCAAGCAUAGUGUCAACCCUCGCUGGAAUAAAUAUGUCGAAUUCUUUGUUGAAGAUCGAAGCAAUACCAAUUUGAAUGUGACAGUGUUGAACAGUGAGAUGGGUAGUGACCCUAUACUCGGCCAGUGGUCAUCCAGUCUAGUGGAUAUGCAACAUCAGAUUGUCGAUGAAAAGAGCGAUUGGUGGAAUCUUGAAAAUGGUAGCGGUAAGAUUCAUUUGGAUAUGACAUGGAAGCCAAUACCCCUUGUAGGCUUCUCUAGCGGUUUGACUCGCGGUGGCUAUCGUCCUCCAAUUGGUGUGGUACGCAUUAAAUUGAAUAGAGCCACCAACUUGAAAAAUGUGGAGGCUCUUACAGGCGGUAAAUCAGACCCAUAUGUUCGUGUUAUGUCAGGUCUACAAUUAAGAGGAAGAACCGAAGCUAUCUUGGACGAUUUAAAUCCGGUUUGGGACACUGCAGUCUACAUUCCUAUUCAUUCUAUGCGCGAAGACCUUACGAUGGAAGUUAUGGAUUAUAAUGACAUCCAGAGCGAUAAGUUUUUGGGUAUGGCCGAGUUAUUGGUAAAAGAUAUUGUUGCCGAAACACAAAGCGUAAAUGGAUACAAUGUUUAUGAAGCAUUGCCACCUAUCAAGAGAAAUGUCGACCUAAUGAAUAAGGAACGAAAAUCAGGUAGAGGACAGCUCAACUAUGAAGCUGCAUUCUUCCCAACUCUCGCCUUGGCUAAAGCAGCAGCGGCAGCCGAAGAUUCAAAGAAUGACGUAGAAUUAUCUGGAAAGGAAAAUGCUACAGAGAGCAAGCUAAAAGAGGUACAAGCUGCUGGAAGCAAUGAAUUCGGCUCUACCACACAAAAUAGCAACGGAAUUCCUUCGCAUGAUCUCCACGGUGAAGCAGUCUUAUACACUGCAGACAACAAGAUUGAUUAUCUCAAGUAUUCAGCUGGUGUUUUGAGUGUUAUGGUACACGAAGUUAUUCUGCCCAGCAAAACUAAAGUAGUUGUAGAUGUUAUGAUAGACUCCAAUGAUCCUCAAUUCACCACAAGUCCUGGCAAGGGCAAGAAUUUACAGUUCAAGGAAUGUGGUGACGCAUUUGUGAAGGAGCUAGAUCUUUCGAGAUUAGUUGUACGCGUACGUGAACCGGAUGAAGAAGAUAAACGCAUUGCCUUUUGGACAAGCCCCGUUCAAAACAUUGUUCAUUUCAUUCAACAACAACCUGAAGAUACCGAAGGAAAGGCUUCUAUUCAAGAAUUCCGCCUUUUAGAAUGUUCAGGUGGUCUUAUCCGUCUAAGCUUUAAAUACACGCCGGUAGUAAAGUUCCGUCUUGACCCAAGCGAUAGUCUUGAGAACCAAGGUAACUUGACUGUUCAGCUUAUUUCUGCUUCUGGAUUGAAGGCUGCCGACAGAAGGGGUACAAGCGAUCCAUACUGCAAAUUUAGCCUUAAUGGUGAAAAAGUAUACAAAUCGCAAACCUACAAGAAGCAACUUUCUCCCGUUUUCAAGGACGAAAUCUUUACAGUUCCAAUCAUGUCUCGUUUUGCAGCUUCUUUUGAUGUCAAGAUUUAUGAUUGGGAUCAGAUUGGCUCGCACACUUUACUUGCUGAGGGAAGAAUUCCUAUUGCCGACUUACCUUCAUUUGAAGCAAAGGAGGUGGUCGCUUCUCUCAAUGGUGGCCAACUCAAACUUCGAUUAAAAUGGGAGCCCCAGUUGCUUGCUCGUAAACGUGUAGGCACAUCGUUGCUUAGUGCAACCAGUGAUGUUGUUGGUGUAGGUGGUAAAGCCUUGACAGGAAGUACUAAGCUCGUUGGUGGUGCAAUCGGUGGCGGUGUUGGUGCUAUAGGAGGUGGAAUCGGUGCUAUUGGCCGUGGCUUUAACAAACUGGGCGGACAUGAUAGAAAGGCUUCCACUGAGGGAACUGUUCCCCCUACUGUUGUUCCUACCGAGCCUGUAGCUAAUGCAAUGGCUUCUCAACAACCCGUCACGCAGGAUUCUGGUAUCCCUCAAUCAACCAUAGAUCCUUCUCGUCGUGCGUCAUUAACAAGUACCGGCCGUCGAUCUGUUUUUGACGAUAAGACGAAAAGUGUAACUAUAAGGGUGACCUUGGUAGAAGGUAAAAACUUGAAAGGUGACCCUUAUUGCCGAGUAAAAUCAGGAAAGAACACUGUGCACAAAACAAAACACAUGAAAAAGAAUCCAAACCCUCAGUGGAACGAGACAUUCACAACUAAGAUUGUCGGACCUUCUACUCUAGAGUUAGUAGUUAAAAACCAUAAUUUAAUGGCUGAUACAAGUAUCGGUGAAGUAGAAUUUCAGGUUAAUGAUCGUGUAGACGAAGGCCAACCGUUCGAUGGUUGGCUUCCUCUGUCGCCUAGCGGAUCAGGCGAAAUUCAUAUUAGAGCAGAAGUUAUAAACCCUUAA